AUGUUACGCUCGUUGCCAGGUUGCCGGCCAUAUCGUGGUAUUCGUUGGAACAGUGGAUUGGCUGCAUUAACUGGCGAUCUCCGGCUGGGAAAGCAUGUGAGAAGUAGUGAUGUUGAAAAUGCGUUGACAAAUCGAAAGAUGACGACUUCAGACAUCGAACAUUUACAUGAAAUUUUGCGACUGAACAUCGAGGAAGAUAUUGCAAAUGAAGUAUUGUAUCAUGGGCUACCACAUGACUUUUCUCUAUAUUUCACUGCAUCAAGAAGACCCCAGGGCCUUAAAUUGAACAACAGAGCUCUAGAGCCUCUCAUAAAACAUAAUCCCGGUCGCGUAUUCAGCCUGACAGAUUUAUUAGCAAAGCAUGGGGAAUCUGUGAGUGAUGCUGUUCGUAUAGCUGUUGUGGAUAAGUUAUUGUGCGGAGAGAAUUCUGAAGCUGAUGAUGUUGAUUUCUCGCCCUCUGAUACAAGCAUUUCCAAGGCAAUUGCCCUACUCAACGAGGUGUCUAAUUUGUCGUUCUCCGAGGAAAGUUUGAGUAAAUUAAUUGAGGUUCUCCGCGAGAAAGGAGCCAUCGCUGCUUUAUCGAUCUUGAAGAUCGAUGGACUUUAUACCUGGCUUUAUACGACGAAGCUUGCAACUGAAAAAGACCCACAUGUCUUCUUGGCUUUAUCCCAACUAAUAUUCACCCACGAUCGCACUCUUUUAAGAAAGGAAACUUUGGGAAAAAUCCUAUCUUAUGGAAGUUUAAUGGAAAAACCAGAUUCUACGUCGGCUCUUCAAAACUUCGUUUUGAGUGAACGGCCAUUGGGGAUCAAGGAGUACACGGAUGCUGUGCUUGAAUACGUAGAGGAACAAAAGUUGGACUUUGAUAAAAAGGAUCCAGAAGCGUUGUUUUUACGGAUGCAACUCAUGGAGACGUAUGGCAUAAACAAAGAUGACGUUGACUCGGCCUUGCGCAAGUUUCACGAAUAUCAGACACAUGAGAAAUUUGGUAUUGACCUCGUCCAAGCUAACAUUGUCAAAGUAUUCUGCUAUCAAUCUUUCAAGACAAAGAACGAAACCUUUAUGAAAAUCGCCGAAACUCUUGUGAGCCCAGAGGGCCUCGCGGUGUCUACUGUCGCCCAACUCAUUCUCGCCAAAAGCCGCUUCUCAUCCGAGAAGUCACUUGAGAUUUACAAUGAAUACAUAAAUCUUGUCUCAAAGAAAGUGAACCCUGCCACUGGACGUUCUCCAACAGGUGUAUUGACAGAAUCACUAAUGGUGGCGAGUCUCUAUGAUAAUGACCGAGAAUUUGCACAGCUCUUGUAUGAGAAAGCGAUUGUCAACGGGAUAAUUAGCAAUGAACAUGAAGUUGCAUCGAUCAAGAAGGUGUUCAAAACAUACGGUGAUUCGUAUGUGGAAGACGACUGGAAAGUUGCGCAACCUGUUUUUGCAGAGUUUGUUCUUGAAUGCAUCAAGAAGGCUUGAAUGUAUACAUAUAUAUGAGUCUUACACAUCUUACCAUCUAGCUUUAUGUGUGUUUUGAGUACUUCCAAAUGUCAAAUAUCAGUGUGUAAUUGCGUUGUAU